AACAACUUUUCAACCCAAACAGCGAAGACUACCACAGUUAUCAUUUGGACAGAAAGACCCUGUGCUUCUUCUUCGCUUAAGCCCUAACAUUCAACAACGCCAACGAACACUUCCUGGGUUUUUCUUUGCCCUAUUCAACGUAUUCUCUUCUCCAAGGGUCUGUGAGAAUGGGUGAGGUGUCCAUAGAUAAUGUAUCCUCUGCCUUAGGCUUGCAAACUUCACAGCAAAACCAAGGGUCAGCUGUUAAAACUAGUCCAGAGUCCAAGCCAAAGAAGAAGAUUUGCUGUGCUUGCCCUGACACUAAGCAGCUGAGAGAUGAGUGCAUCGUGCAGCACGGUGAAGAAGCUUGCGCAAAAUGGAUUGAGGCUCAUCUUAAGUGUCUUCGUGCAGAGGGCUUCAAUAUUUGAGGUUGAAAGACAUAGUUGAGUUGAUUAUAUGAAAGACGAUAACAAGUUUAAAGUGCAAACUAUUAAUUUUUGGAUUACACAUACGAGAUGAUUUUAGAAAAUUUGGAAUAAAGCGAGGACAGGCAGCUUCUCUUUACUGUUAGAUGCAUCCACAAGCUCAUUACUUGUAUUUUGUUGAUAGAAACCGAAAGUAGCCAAAACACAUUGAGAAGGGAGGAUCUACUCCAUUGUUAUUUGUGUUUGUCUUAUCUAUUUGUUAAUGGAUUUCACACGUUUUUCUUUUUGA